ACAGAGAGGGCGGGGCCGAGGUGCCGGUAUCCUCUUCCUCCAUCGGCCACAUUUCAAACCGGAAUGGCGACCGCGCUGUGCGGAGUCCAGGCCGCCGGCAGCGGCACGAAGCCGGCCAGGACUUACCGAGAGCACCGGCGGAAAGCGAAGGACUCCAGGCGGAGGCAGGCGGCUCUGCUGUUCCUCAACAACAUCUCACUCGACGGGCGGCCACAGGGGGUUUCAGACGAUGGGAGCACGGAGCAGAGAGACGCCACAGAGGAGCUGCGGCCGGGGGACAGAGACGGAGCCGCCUCGGUCUUAUCUCCUCCGCCGCCGCCGACGCCUCCUCCUCCUCCUUCUCCUUCUCCGCCGAAUGUCCAAGGAGCGUCCGCCCAGGUGACAGAACCCUCCGGCAGCGGCUCAUCCUCCAGCGUCCCCGGGGUGGAUACUCCCACCGGGCCUUCUUUGGUCAUGUCUCCGGGACCUGCCACCACCGUGGGGGCCAACGAGGUAUUUUUGGACGGUGUGAAUGUGUCCGAGACCCCGGACACCCCCUUGUCUCCGGUGCCCACCGGCCACCUGCCCUGCUCCCGGGCCAAGUCCACGCCCGCCGCCCUGAGCCCGGUACCGGCGGGUACAUGUCCGGAGUCUCGUCAGAGGUUGAGAAACGUCUCUGGUUCUCCUGGACCCAAGGCGCCAAAGAAAGUCCACUUCAUCAAGAGCAUGAGGCAGUACGACACCAGAGGCUGCAGGAUCAUGCUGAUUUGUGCCAAGCGGUCGCUUUACGCUACUUUCUCAGUGCUGCCCUAUGGAGAGAGUGCUGACCUCAGUGAUACGAAGAUGGAGACUCAGAGACAGAGGCUGUCUUCUGUAGGGGCUGCAGAUCUUCUUCCCUCCUUGGAGGGUGUGGAGCUGGGCGCCUGCGGCAAGACGGUGUCGUACGCUCAGUUCCUUUAUCCGACCAACGCCUUGGUGAGGCAGAAGAGCGGCAGCGUGCCGGAGAACGGCACAGCUCAGACCCCUCAGUCGCGUUUCCGUGGCAACGGGCAGAAGAACUUCACCCCGGGUCGUCUCAACAACAGUGUGACGCAAGAGCCGAAUGUUGAGGAGGUGGUGGAGUACGACCCGAACCUGCUCAGUGACCCUCAGUGGCCCUGUGGGAGACACAAGAGGGUUCUUAUAUUUGCAUCAUACGUGACGACUGUCAUCGAGUAUGUGAAGCCCUCUGACCUGAAGAAGAACAUGAACGAGACCUUCAAGGAGAAGUUCCCUCACAUUCAGCUGACACUGAGCAAGAUACGGAGCCUGAAGAGAGACAUGCGGCUCGCGAGCGAGGAGUGCGGUCUGCAGCCCGUAACCAUAGCGAUGGCCUUUGUUUACUUUGAGAAGCUGGUGCUGCAGGGUCGCCUCAACAAGCAGAACAGGAAGCUGGUGGCAGCAGCAUGCGUGCUGCUAGCUGCAAAGAUCAGUAGUGAUCUGCGGAAGCCAGAAGUCAAACAGCUCAUUGAU